AUGAAUGCUUCAAAAGUUAAAUAUUCCGGAGGUAAAACAUUCCCCCACUCGGAUCUCCGGGGGGGAAAGCUCGAGAAGUCACAUCACAAUGAACAACGAAUUGGUACAUGGAAUGUGAGAACAUUACUUCAGAGUGGAAAACUGGAAAACUUACUCAUGGAAAUGGAAAGAAUGGAAUUAGACGUGUUAGGCGUGGCAGAGAUGAGGUGGCCCCAGCCUGGAGAUUUCUGGAGUGGAAAUUAUAGGAUAAUUCAUUCAGGCACAGCAGACGAUCGGCCUGGCUAUGGUGGGGUAGGCAUAGUACUGAAUAAAAAACUUGGAAAUAGGGUAAAGGGAUUUGUGCAAUAUAAUGAACGAUUGAUCUCAGUACGGAUUGAAACCAAACCAAGGGAUACUGUGAUAGUGCAGGUGUACAUGCCAACAACUGAUGAAGAAGACGAGGCUGUUGAGAAAUGCUAUGAGGACAUAAACGAGUUGAUUGGGAAACUGAAGAGUGAAGAAAAUCUUAUUGUACUUGGAGACUGGAAUGCAACAGUUGGAGAAGGAGCUGAAGGAAACACAGUUGGGAAGUAUGGUUUGGGACAAAGGAAUGCAAGAGGAGAAAAACUGAUAGAAUUCUGUUCACAGUAUAAGUUAGUGGUGACAAACACAAUAUUCCAGCACCAUCCAAGGAGGAGAUAUACCUGGAAAGCCCCUGGGGAUGUAAGAAGAGCUCAAAUAGACUAUAUAUUGGUGAGAGAAAGGUACAAAAACCAAGUAAAAAACAGUAGAAGUUACCCAGGAGCAGACGUUAACAGUGACCACAAUCUUGUUAUGAUGCACUGUGAACUGAAAUUCAAAGCUCUGAAGAUGAGAAAAAGCAAACAAUGGGAUAUGACCAGACUUAAAGAUGAUCUCACUCAAACGAAACACGUGGAGAAAACAAACAGGACCAUGGAAGAAACAGAAAAGCAGAUGGGAGUGGAGCAGGAAUGGAACAAAAUAAAGAAGAGUAUCGAACUUUCGGCAGAAGAGGUAUUAGGAAGGAAAAAGCAGGAGAACAGAAAGGAAUGGAUAAGCCAAGAUAUUGUUGAAAUGAUUAAUGAAAGACAAAAGUACAAGAAUUCUCAAGAUGAAGAAGGAUUAAGGAAAUACAGGAGUCUGAGGAACAAGAUUAUUCGAAAGGCAAAGCAAGACAAAGAAGAAUAUUUAAGAGAAAUUUGCAAGAACAUAAACAAUUGCAUGAAAACAGGGCAGAUGGAUAUAGCUUACAGAGAGGUAAAAAGAUUCUUUGAAACAAGGAAAGUGAGAAUAAUGAGUAUUGUAGACAAAAAUGGAGAAUUAAAGUAUGAUUCAGAGAGUAUAGCAAAACGUUGGAAAGAAUAUCUGGAGCAGCUGUACUGUGGAGAGGACAAUGAGAAUCUGCACUUGGAAAGUGAAGACCACAGAAGUAUCAAAGUAAUUAUCAAAGGUGUUUGCUUAGGACUAGUUUUUUAA